GAUUUGAAGGCAAAUAUGCAUCGCUGUCUUUGGAGUAGGACUAUUAAUGCUGAGCACCGGCGAGCUUGCUAAAUUAGCAGAACAAACAGGAAGCAGCCCGGCAUUGCUCGGUCCUAUGCUUGUACAUAAACAUGCGCCCAGCACAUCUCAGUGACCUUUGAUUAAACAAUUAGACGGCUGUCUGCUGGUUUUCAUGGAACCGUCUCAUCGGCGCUUCGGCACAGCGCUUAUCCUGCUGCUGUCCUUAACAUCCAGCUUCAGCAUACACUCAUCUGCUGCGGAAAGCGUGGCACAGUCGCCAUGUGUCGCUGUGGGCGCUCCCGACGGUGACAUGGUGGGAUGCUAUGUGAACGCAAACUACCUAUUUGCGGCGCUCCCUGCGCCGGCAGCCGACAGCUCGAAAGUGAUUGCACGCGUACUAGCCCAAGAGUGUCUGCGGCGGGGCAGAGGCAGCCAACCGUGUCCCAUCGACUUCUUCCAGGGCUCUCUGCCAGUUCCAGCAGACCUGCUGCGCAACACUCUGGUGUGCCGCGGCUCGCUGCUAGACAAGCUUCUCACCUGCGCCGACCUGGCGGGACCCGACCGCCCCUCUGGCGGCGCGGACGCCUGCAUGGCUGCGCCCGGCUGCGUGUGGACCACCCGCUCUUCCGUGGAGCCCAUCCCCGAGUACCUGGACCUGAUAGAGGGCGGAGGCGCCAACCUGCGGGUCAACACCAGCACUCCCGGGCUCAACACCACAGCCGGCAAUGCCACCUACCUCUAUGACGCGGUGUUCGACGCGGACAACAUGGCUAGCAUCCUGCAGGGCCUCAUGCACUACCUCACAGGUGCGCCGUGGCCCUCCUACCAGGACACCGCACCCACCACCCUUUGCACAGCUAGGUGGGCUACUGACAGGGACCGUCUGGCACAGGUGUACAAGCAGUACUACAAGCAGACCGACAUGACCCUGGACGGCAGCGACACGGACGAGGAGUGGGCGCUCAAGUUCUUUGGCUCACCCAGCGCUGCGUACGUCUUUGGCACAUGUGCAGCCUCCAGAACCUUCCUGUCCGCGGCCCUAAAGUGUCACACCUCCACAUCCAACAAGGACGCCUGCACCGCGCAGCCCUAUUGCGACUACGUCCGCGUCGACCCGACCUACCAGACCUGCGAGCUGGGCCGGUUGGAACCUCUGGUGUCCAGGGACGCUGCCAUCUUCACCAGCGACCCGUGGGGCGCCGCGCUGGCCUCCCUGACCGCCAAGUGCAUGCCGCUGCUGGACUCCAACACGGGCCGGCGCUACGGCUCCCGUGACUGCCGCGAGUACCGGCAGUCGCCGGAGGGCCGGCAGGGGCUGACGGCGCAAUUUGACGCGGUGACGCAGCUGCAGGCGCCCGGCGCGCCGCUCAACCCGGCAAACCUGCGGCCGUCAUUCUACGUAGCGCCGGACACCACACCAGACCCCGCAGACCAGACCGCAUCAGGUGCAGCCAAGACAGUGCGGCUGGUUGGCGGCACUAGCGCAAGCAACGGGCGCGUAGAGAUCUUACACAAUGGCGUGUGGGGCACUGUGUGUGAUGACAGCUUUGACGUAUGGCAAGCAACCGUCGUUUGCCGACAGCUCGGCCUGGGCGUCUACGGCACUCCCUACACACACGGCGGCGGCAGCGGCACCAUCUGGCUGGACGAGGUGUACUGCCCCAGCUACGUCACCCGCCUGGAGGACUGCUCCUCGGGUGGUUGGGCCGUCCAUGACUGCUCCCAUUCGGAGGACGUGGGCGUGAGCUGCACCUCCUUCAGGCCAGUGCGUCUUGUCGGCGGCACCAGAUUGGACAACGGCCGAGUGGAGAUCUUCAACGAGAACCAGUGGGGCACUGUGUGCGAUGACUAUUUCGGCCCCAACGAGGCAGAUGCUGUGUGUCGCCAGCUGGGCUACAUGGUCGGCGUCUACUACACUCAUGGCAGUGCUGAUAUCAACGUACCAAUUUGGAUGGACGACGUGAAAUGCCCCGCCUCGGCCAGCCGCCUGGAGGACUGCUCGUUCCUGGGCUGGCGCGUCAACAACUGCGGCCAUCGCGAAGACGUGGGCGUCGUUUGCUACGGGCAGCUCCCUAGUCCUUCGCCUGCGCCUCCUUCACGCCCGCCUCGGCCCCCCAAGCGGCCGCCGCCACCCAGGCCCCGGCUGUCACCACCCCCGGUGCCGCGACCCAGCCCUGCAUUCGAGACGUCACUCUCCGGCCCCGCCGGCUUCUCGCUCCUGGCCGUGCGCUACACUCCCCGCGCCAGCAACACGCCACCUCGAUGGAGCAGCUUCGACGUCGCGGCCCUGGCGCCAGGCACGGGGAUGCUCGCCUACGUGUGGGCGCACGUGCCCGCGCCCGACCCCGCCGGCCCACCCCGUGCUCCUGACUACCCGGCGUGCCUGCCCGACCAGGGUUGGGACGAUGCCGCCGCAGACCUGGCGUGCCGGCUCACGGGCUUUGCCUCCGGCCGCGUCGCGCUGACUGGUCCCGAGUCGCAGUACCCGGCGGUGGGGCUGGUGAGUGUGCCCACCAUGGUCAUGAACGUCAAGUGCCCGCUCAACCGGGCCACCCGCCGGUCCGAGCUGCAGGACUGCACUGCCAGCCUGCGGCGACAGGCCACGGGCAUGUGCACUUCCAUGCUUGCGGCCCUGUGCACCACCGCCCGGGUUAUAAGCCCCAGCCCGCCCCCCAGCCCGCGCUCAAGUCCCAGUCCGGGCCGCAGCCCCAGCCCGGCCGCACGGCCAAGCCCGAAGCCACCUCCCGCCACCUCCAGCCCUGGGGUCCGGCGGCCACCCUCGCCACGCCCACCUCCGCCACCGGAAGACUUACUGUCGCCGCCGGAUGCUCCCGACAUCCCACCGCCACCAUCCCCGUCACCUCCGAAGCGUCCUUCACCGCGGCCUUCCCCGUCAGGCUCGCAGCAGGGCGGCUCUGGCAGCAGCACGGGGCUGACGCUGCGGCUGGUGAGACCGGACGGCGCCUCAUCGACCUCCAAGUCAGGCCGCCUGGAGGUCCUGAACAGCGGAGAAUGGGGGACCAUAUGUUCUGACGGCUUCACUAACGCCGCGGCCACGCUCGCAUGCCGGGCGCUGGGGCUGGGCAUCUCGGGCCGCACCAUUCCUGAGUACACGUCUUUCUACGAUGCCGGCACAGGCCCCAUCUGGCUGGCCAACGUGGACUGCUCGGCCGUGUCCCUGAUCGACCCCAGCGCCAGCCUGGCGGACUGCGCCCAUGACGACUGGGGCGUGACGCCCGACUGCACGCAUGACCAGGACGUGGGGGUGAAGUGCACUUGAUGCUUGUUAGUUUCUGUGCGAAAAAGGUGUUACCUGCUAUGAGGUGGACUGGAACUGGGUAGCCACUGCAAAUGAUAUGGAAGACCAAGUCAGGCCAAAUCGAUAUACCAAUACCCGUCUCCAUGAACUCACUUAACAAUGGUGUAAUCCUGAAAGUGU